AAUCCAGGAGUUCUAACUGCACUGGACGGUGUCUUAACUGUGACCUGCGAUCGGCCAGUGGAUUACGCCUUCCCCAGAUAUUGAUGAAACAGGGAGCUCGUUCCUGCUUCCCCCUUCCCCUUCCCUUAUCCCACACUGCCACUGCGCUGGGCUGCUGAGCAACGGCAUUGUUGUGUUGCAACCCUUUCACCCAAGAAGGCCCCUCUAGAAAAAAAAUAGACAAUUCAUGAACUCUCCAGAAUCGCAGGAAUCACUCCACCACUCCACUCGCAAGCAUAAACAUAAGUAUUCCAUAUCGUAUUCUGUCGCUACUCUACAUGCUAGCCUAGCCACUGCCACUGCCACUGGCCUCACUUCCAAUUCUGACCCCGCGAUUACGUUGACACCGCCCGCACCUCCCUCGGCUUCUGCAUUCACGGACAAGACUCGGUCGGCCAAAAAAAUAGGGUGUUGAUAUCAGAAACUAACACAGCAACAACUUCUACCAACUCCCUCUCAGGCAUUGAGCCGCGCCUUGCACCCCAAUUCCAACCGAUUGCCUUCUGUCGUUGCGGUCGCAGUAGUGUGCACCUGUCCGAAUUACUGGGAGCCUCUUUACAGGCUACCUGGGACCUCUGCACGCCCCGAAAACCGAACAUCCAUCCUGAAGCUCUGGUACAUCGCGUCGGCACAUCUUGAUUUGGCAAGAUGGCAAGUGGAGGUGGCAUGAUGAGUGGGGUGGUCGAUCCAGAGACGUUAUACACAAAGCAGAACUGCAUUGGUAUGCUUUCACCAACUGACCGACAUGUUAUAUUAUUGUGUAGCAUGACUGACUUGCACAUCAGGUGGUGGCAGUUUUGGCAAGGUCUACAAAGGGUGAGUUACUCCUAGACACAAGUCAACAUGAUUUCAAAUGCUGACCAGUCACCAUCUAGAGUGGACAAGCGCAAUGGGCAAGCUGUGGCUAUCAAGGUUAUCGACGUUGAGAAUGCUGAAGAUGAGGUUGAGGAUAUCAUACAGGAAAUUUCGAUUUUGUCCGAACUCCACUCCCCAUAUGUCACACACUAUCACGGGUCAUAUUUGAAAGGUUCCGAUCUAUGGAUCGUCAUGGAGUUCUGCUCGGGUGGCAGUUGUGGAGACUUGAUGAAGCCAGGUUUAAUUUCAGAAGAGUACAUUUCGAUCAUCAUUCGAGAAUUGCUCCUAGGUCUGGAUUAUCUGCAUGGUGAUAAGAAGCUUCACAGAGAUAUCAAGGGUAAGUCAAUGUUACAGUUCAUAGAGGAAUAGGAACUGACAUGUUCCAGCUGCCAAUGUCCUGCUCGGAGCGAAUGGCCAGGUGAAGUUGGCUGAUUUUGGUGUCUCUGGACAACUCUCAGCAACGAUGACGAAGAAGAAUACGUUUGUGGGUACACCGUUCUGGAUGGCACCCGAGGUAAUUAAACAAUCUGGUUAUGAUCACAAGGCAGAUAUCUGGUCCCUAGGGAUCACGGCGCUUGAGUUGGCAAACGGGGAGCCACCAUAUUCAGACAUUCAUCCCAUGAAAGUUUUAUUUUUGAUACCCAAGAAUCCUCCACCAGAACUGGAAGGAAACUUUACCAAGGCUUUCAAGGAAUUCGUCGAGUUGUGUCUGCAAAAGGACCCAAGAAAGCGACCUUCUGCAAAGGAAUUAUUGAAGCACCCCUUUGUGCGAAAAGCCAAAAAGACUUCCUAUCUCACUGAACUGAUUGAACGAUUUGAGCGCUGGGCUGUACACCACAAGGGGGAUUCCGAUGAUUCUGACGAUGGUCGGGACGAGGCUCCAAGACCGGCACCUGCGAAUGAAGAUCUCUGGGAUUUCGGUACCGUUCGCCCUGCCGGGGGAGUUAGAGUAGGUGCUGGUAGAAACGGUCUAAACAAUAUGGGAGAAUCUGCCACCAACGCCAGAUCCUCCAAAACCUCGGAAAGCGACGGUAAUUAUGCGGAGCGACCUCGAAGCGUAUCGCCGACCAAGUUAAAGACCGCUGGUUAUAUUCCUACUAUUGAUACUGUUAAAGCAAUGAACUCACCCAAUAUUGAACAGCCUCGUCAAUACUCACCACAAUACUCACCACAGAGAAGUUAUUUUCCAAGUGUCCAGCCAUCGCCCUCAAAGGUUCCUCUGCCUCCCUCUCCUGAGAAACACCGCCUGGCAGCACCAGAUACACCAAAACCCAAUCAAUAUUAUCAACCUCAACAAGACUCGCCAGACUAUGACCGAACAUUGCAGGAGCAGCUUCAAAAGGAGAUGAGCUAUCUGAACAUGACAGGCACACCGUCACCUCAGCCACCCAGAUCACCUCAGCCACCCAGAUCACCUCAGCCACCUAGAUCACCUUUGAACCACGCACCUAUGCCGUAUCUCGCUCAGCCUGUAGCUUACCCAAGGCCUUCAUCACAGCAACCAUUACCAAAGCCUGGUCCCAUUACACUACCUGAGAUUCCGCCCUUUCGAGGAAGUCAGCCACUUCAGCAGGUCACUAAUCAACUGAAUCCAGUUACACCAAAGCAGCAAGCUGCGAACUAUGGACAACCAUUCGCUUCUCAAAAUAUCAACCCACGUUCCAUGCUUAGGGCCCAGCCACUUCCAGCAUUACCGUCUAAGCAGCGUGACUGUACUCCUUCUAGAGACAGUCUAGCUUCCGAUUCAACAUAUACGCCUUCCACCAUGCCUUCUCCAGUACCAAGCCCCACCGGUGAACUCGAUGCAUUGAAUGAUGUCAUCUUCCCUGCUCUGGAGGGUGCAUUGAAGCGACGACAAGUCAGUCUCCAACAAGCCUUUGGUAAGAGCGGCACCACCCCAAAACAACAAAGAGCACAGGCUGCACAUGACAAGAUUCGAGAGUUGGUGAUCAGAUUGGCCCACACCUGUAAACAAAUUGAUCAUUGGGACAAGCAGGAGCCUGUAGGCAUGGAGAACGGUGUUGAUAUCUUCCUUGAAGGUUUACUGGAGGAGAUAUUGGUUCGAGUUGAGCCUGGUGAUGAUGAGCCGAACGAUGGACGAUAA